AUGCUUGAGAUGAAGGAGAAAAACAAGAAGACAAUCUGCCUAGUAAACCUGAUAUCAACAAUCAUUACUACUGCCUUGAUGAUUGGGACCUUAGUGAUCUUGAACAAAGAACCAGAAGUCUGUAAAGGGCAUCAACUCAAAAUCACUCUCUGGCUCAUGCUCGGUAUGCAUGCCACUAACAUUAUUGAGCAAGUUUGCAGCAUGACUGGCUUAGAUAGAUGGUGCUGCGGAUGUAUCUGCAUUUUAGCUUUCUUCUUCUAUGAACUUGCUGUUCUAGUUUACAUGAAUUCAGUUUUCUAUUCAUCAGGUGAAUGUGAGGAAGACCAUCCAUUAAAAUAUUGGUGGCUAUUCUUCAACAUCAUUGUAUACUUCUUCUUCCUCUUCAUUACAAUCUAUUUCCAUUGUAAAUCAUUCUUUGCUGCAGUCUCAAGAGAUGAAGUUAUCAAAGAAAUGAAUGAAGAGGAAUAGGAAGAUAAGAAGGCACAUUCAAACACAAUGCAAUGA